AUGGCAAUCGACAACAGCAUUCGCGAACAAGGAGACUCUUCCCAGAGAACCUCCUCAGAUAGGCGCGAUGACGACAUUGAGGAGUAUGCCGACAUCAUCCCUGCGAGGUCCAAAACUGCCAAAGGAGAUGAUUCAUCGCAACCAAGCUUGGCAAAGCUUCCAUCAGGAGUCCUCAAUUACCAAGACGAUCCAGUGGCUCGUAAUCAAUCUAAUGUGGAAGUGCCCUACGAGAUAUACAACCGGUUUUCAAAGCACCGCAAGCACAUCACUGUUGCCGUCAUUUCCUGGUGUGGUUUGUUGUCACCAAUCUCUAGUACGGCGGUCCUGUCAGCACUCCCUGAAGUUGCAGCCGAGUACAAGACUAGCGGAGAUAUCAUCAGUCUUAGCAAUGCGUUGUAUCUUGUCUUUAUGGCCAUUAGCCCCUGCUUUUGGGGGCCAUUGAGCCAAGUGUACGGCCGAAAAUGGGCAAGUAGUUUCUCUACAGACACCACUUCUCAUUCCGCGACGAGUUCAUUGUCAACUAGUCGUCGCCUGUUCAUCAAGACGUGUAUGGUGACAGCUUCACUGUUUUUGGGGUGCUCGAUCGGAACAGCACUCAGCCCCAACGUCCCGGCUUUCUUCGUGUUUCGCAUCCUGACCGCUUUUGCCGGAACAUCGUUCCUCGUCACCGGUCCUGCAGUGAUUGGCGAUUUGUAUCAUCCUACAGAACGCGCGACUGCGAUGGGUUGGUUCUUAUCCGGCACACUCAUCGGACCGACGAUUGGCCCAGUCCUCGGAGGUAUUAUUGUGACCUAUACAUCUUGGCGCGCCAUCUUCUGGCUUCAAACCGCACUCGCAGGUGUCGGCGUUGGAGGUGCCAUAUUGUUCAUGCCAGAGACGCUGCAAGAACUGAAAAAGGCAGGCCUCGAAGGGCUUGCAUUCAGUAAAAAGGUCAGCGUGCUAUGGGGCAUGACGAACCCGGUCAGAGUUGUUCGACUAUUCAAGUUUCCGAACCUCAUCCUGGUGGCAAUCGCCAGUGGCUCGCUCGUAUGGAACAUGUACGGCAUGCUGACCCCGAUCCGAUACGUUCUCAACCCUCGUUUCUCUUUGACGUCGCCGGCACAAUCGGGCCUAUUCUACUUGGCUCCGGGCUGCGGCUAUCUUGCUGGUACCCUCGUAGGUGGCCGCUAUGCCGAUUAUACAGUUCGGCGCUGGAUAGCCGAGCGACACGGACGACGCAUUUCCGAAGACCGGCUGCGCUCUUGUCUUCCCUUCUUGGGGGCCGUUCUGCCGGGAUGUAUGCUCAUUUACGGAUGGACAGUCCAGCAGCGUGUUGGUGGCAUUGCUGUACCUGUCGUUUUCAUGUUCCUCGGAGGUGUAUCACAGCUGUUCUGUUUCCCCAGUCUGAACACAUACUGCUUGGAUGUGAUACAGGGACGCAGCGCGGAGGUGAUUGCGGGCAAUUUUAUGGUAAGAUACCUCUUUGGUGCCGCUGGCUCGGCUGUUGUACUUCCAGCAAUCAAGGUAAUUGGAGUUGGAUGGUUCAGCACCAUUUCUGCCGGCUUCUUGGUGGUCGGAGCUCUCAGUGUUUGGGCUGUCGCACUCUGGGGUAGAAGUUGGCGCCAUCGUAUUGAUGAGAAGGCGAGACCAUCUAUACCAUGA